CACUCAGACCCGACAGAAGACGCUUAAAACUAGUCUAUCACUAUCUUUGUGAAGCCGUCUUUUCCGAACAUUUAAGAUUAGAUUGGAACUGGUUUUGCUCACUUUUGACUCUUCUUUCACUACUUUCCUCCCCCAUUCUUCAAACCUUUCAACUUUCAAUGGCUUCUUGUCGCUUAGGAGCUUUGAAUGUUAAACUCUCGAAGUUGGAUUUUGGUAGAGGAAAGUUUGGUAAUCUGCAGCAACGAAGUGGCGUAAGGGUGUGGAUGGGUAGGGGACAACUGCAAUAUGCUGGUAUGGCUAUAUCACAUGAAUCAGGAAAAGCUUUCAGGUGUUGUGGCUCGGCUUCUGAAACCGAGUGGACUACAAAAGAGACCACAUCAUUGGGUUUGACAAGCCAACUUAUUCCAAAUUCAUCUGAGAUUGAAUCUUUGGUCACUGAAAUAUGCAAUACAACUUCAAUAGCCGAGUUUGAAUUGAAACUUGGUGGGUUUCGGCUUUAUGUGAUGAGGUAUUUAACUGAGAAAAAUGAACCUACACCUCAACCCCUGUCCCCUCCUCCUCUUGUUGUCACUGUGAAAACUACCACUGAUGCAUCUGAUCUCAAUGGGUCAGCUUCUACAUCUUUAGCCAUCUCCAAACAAGAGCCUUCUUUUGGGGGGAUUGUAUCAUUUCUUGAUAGAGCUGCUGAUGAAGGCUUAAUGAUACUGCAGUCUCCAAGGGUGGGGUUUUUCCGGAGAUCUCGAACUAUAAAGGGAAAACGUGCUCCCCCAUCAUGUAAAGAGAAGCAAAUAAUAAAGGAGGGUCAAGUGCUAUGCUACAUUGAACAACUUGGUGGUGAACUCCCAAUUGAGUCUGAUAUAUCUGGUGAGGUCAUCAAAAUACUACUAGAGGAUGGUGAACCUGUAGGAUAUGGAGAUGCACUGAUUGCAAUUCUCCCCUCAUUUCCUGGGAUAAAGAAGCUUCAGUAGAUGAGUUGGUUCAUCUUUCCUUGCAGUUUUGGUGGUAAUGGCAUGUAAACGAGUCAUUUUGUGCUAGCUCAUCCUUAGUGGCGGAUAUGUGCAUUCAAACUUAGGAUCGUGGUUCAAUGCACAUUGUCCAAAUGUUGACAUUGCUCAGGAGAAGUAAUUGAACAGGAAUAAAAUGGAGUUUUCUCUUUGACUAGGGUAGUAUAAAAUCUUGCUUCGAUGUCAAAAUACUGUGAACAAGAACCAUGGGUUUAUAGAUAUCUCUGAAGUUAUGGCCUCAUUUGACGUUCUCAUCUUUAGUUGUUUUGACUAGAUGAGAAAUAGGACCGUGGAGUCCUCUUUGUAACUGUUUGCUGCAUCCUAAGCUUAGAUUUAGCUUCAUUGCAAG